AUGAUUUCUGUGUCCAAGUGCUUCCUAAUGGCGCAAUCCUGCCAAUGCAUCAGGAGAUUUACAUCAGUUAAAAUCAACAAAGGAAAUAGGGGUGCUUUUCAACAAUUGAGGUUAGAAUCAACAGCUGUUGGGGUUGCUGAAGCCAAAAAUGAACCGGAUAAAGUGAAAAGAAAGCGGAAAUUGAAGAUAACAGACAGCGAAAAUCCACCAGAAUACCUCCUGAGCUACUUCAAGACUGCCAAACAGAAGAAUAUUCUCAAAAACUUCCCACCAAACUAUUUCCAGAAGAAACAAAAUAGUGCCCAACAGCAAUGCAUGUACGUCGCUGAUGAAUCUGUUGCGGAAGUCAUUGCAAGAGCUGUUGCUGCUUCCGAUGAUACACCAAUUGUGGAAGUAAAUCCCGGUGUUGGGAUUCUCACGAAGAAAUUGCUUAAAUCCAGCACACAGAAUAUUCAUCUUUUUGAGGCAGAUGGGAAUUUUAUGAAAAAUCUCGAUGAGAUUGUGAAGAACAACAGACUGAGGACUUCCCUGAAGAAUGAGGAUUUUCUGGGGAUAUGGAAGCUCACCUAUAGAGACAAGCUGGAUGGCGGUAAUCGCAUUCAGACACUCCUGGGAGAUACGUUGCCUAAAAAGGAAUGGACUGAAGGUCCAAAUGCAAAAAUAGUCGGUGCGACUGGAUCGUCCAACUUCUUCAAGCACCUUGUUUAUUCAAUUGUCUACCAAGGUAGCCUCUUCACAUUCGGACGAUGCGAAAUGUUCUUCAUUGUUCCCCCAUCAGUUUAUAUUCAAUUAACGUGCUCGAAAGAAGCUGGAUAUUUGCUCUAUAGAUACAUGACGGUGCUCUUUCAAAUAUUCUUUGAGCAUGAAUUCAUUGAGCGAGUACCACGAAAAGCCUUCCUCCCAUGGACACACGCCUACAAUCACAAACAGCACAGCAAGCUAACAAAAGUGCAGUCAAUUGAUGAAGAUUCCUUCUAUUUGAUACGCAUCGUUCCACGGAGAGAGGUCUACGAGCUAUGUUCUCCCGAUGAUAUGCAGGCAUUGAUGUUUUUCAUAAAGCAAAGUAUGAUAAGUCGGAGGAAUUGUGUGAUACCGAUGCUGGAAAAAUGGAUUCCCUACUGUGGCCUACGACUUAUUGCGCAGAAAACAGAGGAAUGCAGUACGGGGGAAAAUCCCAAGACGACAGUGGAACUUCCACAAUUUGUGCAGCCUUGUCAAUCAAUCUCAAACACCGACCACCGUGGAGAUUUCAAUAUUUUCACGCAAUUUGGUGAUUUGACGCCUUCGCAAAUGUUGUCGCUCUUUCAGCAAUUUCGCAAUUGGCCAGAGUACAGGCAGAGCCCAUUCUUGGCACUUAUGGAGAGCAACCUUCUCAAAAUGCUAGCAACACAGGAGGAUACCGCUACGGUGUCGGAUUUCACAGAAAAACCCACAAAAGAAGAAUGAGAAGGCCGUAAAAUACGUUUUUUGUUUGUAUAAUUUUUCUUAAGGAGUAUUUUUUUAAUUUCUUAGUAAAUGUAUAAAUAAUUAAUUCAAGAUGUGUGUGUGGAAUGUAACGAGUGCUGCACCCGGCAUAUAAUUUUUCUUU